AAUGACCUCUCAGUGCCUCCAUUUCCAAACCCUACAAUACCUUCAACGCUGCAAUUUCCUUUUCCAUUCCUCUUUACUUCAUGCAAUGCUUUAAUUGAUCCAAAUCGCGUCUUCGUGUCAGUUCGCCAUCGGAGAAUGUUGGCGGCAGCGGUAGCGGUAGCGGUAGCGCCAGUGCUCUGCCUCAACGGCUGCAUGUUGGAUCGACCAGAAAGCCUGAAUUCCACCGCGAUUGAACAAGCCUCAUCAAUCGUUAUUAUAAAUCUCUCAGAAGCCCUAAUACACCUUCUGAAUCUCGCUCUCUAGUGCAGAUUUAAAGAUGGAAUGUCGUUUUCCUUUCACUGAUUCGUUUGUGCAAAACUGCAUAGCAAACUGUGUCCCCUUUUCGAGCCGCGCGGUUCACCAAGCUGAUCGCCAAUGGGGCUCCUAGAGUAGUGCUUUACGCUCUCUCUCUCUUUAAAAGUAAAAAAAAUCAAUCAUUUCCAUCUAUAAUUUCAAAAUGUUCUUCAUAACCUCUAUCCUUUUCUCUUUGUUUCUAUAUAUCUGACUUGAGUUCCAAUUAUUAUUCACUGAAAUCAGAAGUCAUUAUGAUUGUAAUUACCAAUUGUGAAUCGGGAAUUGUUUCGAAAACAUGACGUUUAAAUUAUAUAUAUAUAUAUUCAGCCACUCCUAUGAAGUUCCGUUGCAACUUCAUUAUUUUUUAUAUUUUAUUUUUCUACAUUUUUUUAAUCAAAAGUACCUUAAAAGAAUAUCUAAACUAACAAAAAUACAUAUAAAUUAUGGUUGAAUUAUUUAUCACCCGUUUGACUAUUCCAUUUUGUUAUAUAUAAAAUAUUAAAUGUUAGUAUAUUUACCAGCUUUGACAGUGGGUCUCUGUAUCUCAAUAAAUUGUAUUAUUGGUUUGAAAAUCGUCAUGAAAAUCAAGAAAAAUACCCUUGACGUAUCUUUUCUUUCUGUUAAAUUUUGUGAGCACGAAAGUAAGUAGGAGUUGAUUUUGAUUAAAUUUAGUAAAUAUUUGUAGGAAACAAACGUAUUGUCAAAUUUUGGGGCAGUGAUCCUCAAGACUGUGAAACCCUAAAAUACAUCCUUUGUCCUUUUCCCCUCCUUAAUACAACACUUCAAAAUCCAAAUUAAAACAAAACCCAGUGCCCAAAACCCAACUUGUUUCCUUCCAUGCAUACACAUGCACCUUCUCUCUCUUCUGCAUGGGAAGAAAAUGGUACCUUUUAAAGGCCAUUUAGUUCUCUUCCCUUCCCCCACAGUCCUAUCCCUAAACCCUAAACUCUAACCCUGACCCUAAUCCUAGAGCUCUGCUUUAAUGUUCUUAGCCACCUUCUCUAAAGUCUAAAUCCAUAAUUCCCCCAACUACUUUACCCUUUUAGCCAUCCUAUUCUCAUAGCAAUAAAUUCUGCUAACAGAAAAUUAUACUAAAUUAUUUCUCUGAUAAAAGGAGUUGCUUUGGCAUUCCAAUGCAUACAAGGAAAAGACUUUGCCCCACAUUUCGCUUUCACUUGGGGUUGGGGCUUUUAGCCCUUUCAGUAGUUUAUGGCACUCUUAUCUUUAUUAUUGUUAUUACUAUUAUUGCUUUUUGGCCCUUUUUUGAGAAUUGUGCUUUGCCUAAUCCCCCCCUUUUCUUCACCACUCUCUGCUCUAAUACUUCUCUUUGCCCAUUUCCAUUUCCAUUUCCAUUUCCAUUUCUCUCAUCCUUUGCAUCUCUUUCACUUUCAUUCCUUACAAAUCUCUCUGGUUUCUCUUUCUUUUGAGCCUUUUCUUGAUCUGGGUUUGCUUUUUCUAGCUUGCUUGUGUGAUUCUCUACAGUUCUUCUUGUUCUUGUGACCUCCAUGCACGUACCCAUUUCAUCCUCUCUGUUCCAUCGCUUUUCUCCAUAUAUAUGUCACCCUAAACUUUUGAAUACAAUAGAAUAACAUAACUGCGUCUGAUUUCUUCAUUUCUUUCUCUCAUUGUUGUGAUCAUUUUGGUUCUGUAAUGGGGAUGAAGAGGCUGUUUAUUGUUGUAUUCUUUGUCUGUUUGGGAAGUUGGAGGGGCUAUGCACAAGCAGGUGGAGAAGCUCCAAUGGAGAAAACAGAGCUUGAUGCUCUGAACUCCGCAAUACAGGGCUUUGUGGGUAAUUGGUGGAAUGGCUCAGAUCUCUACCCAGAUCCUUGUGGAUGGACUCCAAUACAGGGGGUUUCUUGUGAUAUCUUCGACGGGCUCUGGUAUGUCACUGCACUUAACAUUGGACCAACUCAUGACAACUCGCUAUCUUGUGCUCCAAAUGCCCAUUUCAGACAGCAAUUGUUUGAACUCAAACACCUUAAGAGUCUGUCCUUCUUCAGCUGCUUUGUCUCAACAAAAGGGAGCAAUUCUGUUUCACUUCCAACUGACGAAUGGCUAAAACUCGCCGGAAGUUUAGAAUCUCUCGAGUUCAGAUCAAAUGACGGCCUCACCGGAAAAAUUCCGGCCAGUAUGGGGAGUCUAUCAAAGCUGCAAUCUUUGGUUUUAUUAAAUAAUGGGUUCGUAGGUGAAAUACCUGAAAAUUUUGGCGGUUUGAUCAAAUUAAAGCGACUGGUUCUUGCUGGAAACUCGCUCACUGGUCCAAUUGCUCGAAAUCUUGGCCGGCUGAGCGAGCUACUGAUUUUGGAUUUGAGUAGAAACUUAUUGUCGGGUUCUUUGCCACCGAGUUUAGGAAAUUUGACUUCCCUUUUGAAGCUUGAUCUUAGUGACAACAAAUUGAGUGGAAUUUUACCGAAUGAAAUCGGCGAUAUGGGAAACUUAACGCUUCUGGAUGUGAGCAACAACAGUUUCUACGGUGGAUUGAAACAGUCGUUUGAGAAGAUGAGUUCGUUAGAAGAAGUAAUUUUAUCCAACAACCCAAUCGGGGGAGAACUCAAGAGCAUAAACUGGAAAAGUCUAGAAAACUUAGUGAUUUUGGAUCUUUCCAACAUGGGUUUGAAAGGAGACAUUCCGGAUUCAUUAUCCGCAUUGAAAAGGCUAAGAUUUCUGGGACUUAGCCGCAACAAUCUAACAGGAAACCCCUCGCCAAAACUUGCAACUCUGCCAGUUAUUAGUGCGAUUUACCUGUUCAGGAACAAUUUGUCUGGAGACCUUAAAUUCUCCGAAAAGUUCUACGGGAAGAUGGGGAGGAGAUUUGGGGCAUGGGAUAAUCCGAAUCUGUGCUACCCCAUUGGAACUUUGGCGGCAAACAAUGCUCCAUAUGGGGUGAAGCCAUGUCAAGAAGAGGAAGAAGAUGAAGAUGUGAUCAAACUAAUGAAAACCCCCGUCAAAAAGACGAGUCUUGACAUGGGAAAUUCAAAUUCGGCGGUCUCAAAUGGCUGUUCUGGGCUUGGAAUUGAAGGAUUUUGGUGGAAAUUUGUGGGGAAGACAAUAACGAUGAUCCUGUUAACGAGUAGGUUGUUAUGAAACAGAAACAGAAACAGAAACAGAAACAGAGGCUUGUUUCUUAGAAGUGUUCUGUCUGUAGAAAAUGGAAUCAUUAUCCAUUUGGUCUCUGCUGCAGCUGACGUCCUAACGAAAAGUUACCUUCUUAUUUAAAGAAAGAAUAGAAGUUAAAUGGUACUUGUAAUGGAGUUUACUUAGUUUCAAUUUUCAAAUUUAAUUAUGCACUAGAAAAGUCAGUACGCAGUAAAAUUUAUUUUUAUGAUA